AUGAUUGAAAACAGAGUAGAGGACAUGAUGAAGAGGACUUUGCUGCUGCUCCUAGAACCAGAGUCUGGAAAGGCCACCAGCAGUCAGGAAGACAGAGGCUUCCUUGAAGAUCCCUUUACAGAGGCUGCCUACAAAACACAGUGUGGCUCUGGUUUUGGAUGCAGGUUGCUUACCCUGAAUGGGGAAUGGAGCUUUACCAUGGUUACUGGCUGCUUGUUUCUGGUCACUUUCUGCAGCCUGGUUUCCCUGAACUUUUCUGAUCCUGGCAUCCUGUAUCAAGGUAAGGCCUCAGAACCCUGGGAGAAGCUCCCUGAGGCAGCAUAUGUGGCCUGGAUGUAUCAAAGGGCCUUUCAAAUGCUCUGGUGUCCCCAUUGCUCCUUCCACUGCCUACCCAGGACCUUCCACUGUGGAUGUUGUAACAUCUGUGAGGAGGAGUUUGACCACCACUGUAGGUGGGUGAACAACUGCGUGGGGAAUCGUAACAUCAGGCUCUUCCUGCUGCUGCUCAUGUCCCCUUUCCUGUACCUGGGUGCCCUGGUGGUGAUGUGCACCAUCUUCCUUGUGAGCACCAGCGAGAUGCCAUUCUCCUUGGACAAAGCCAUGGCAUAUCCAUACAUGGCUGUCCCUGCCACAGGCGCCCUGUUGCCACUCACCUUGGGACUCCUGAUCCAGGCUGUAGCAAUGAGCACCGCCACGCGCUCCUAUGAAGGCCAGGUUCAGAGAAGCGUGUUUCCUAGGGCGUGGGGAGGCUCUGAGGAGCUGGGACCAAUGCCUCCUGGAAGGGAAGAGCAUUGCUCUCUGGAGACCCAAGCUCAGGAGCCAACGCUGAAUUGGUAA